UUCCCCAAGAAUAUCGCCAGCGCUCGAAUAGCACAUUUAAUCAACACCGUUUCCCACAAUGCCUCGCGGCGUGCUGUUGGUGCUGUUUGUCCAGCCGUCGCUCCAACAAUGCAGCUUUUAAUGGUGCUGUGAGCGGUGCGAAGUGAAAACGCAGCAGCACCGCAGGCUUGUCCGGAGACUGUAGUGGCUCAGAUUCAACACAACGGCGUUUAGACGGUUUGACAAACGUGGCCGGCGGCUGUGGCUCAGUUUUUAGGACAUCCCGGACUCUCCUGAUGGGGUUACUGUUUUGAGAGGAGAAGAUUCCAAAAGCCCUGUCUCCAAAGGAGUUCCUGACAAGGGGCCAGAAAAUGAGCAAAUCCCAAACAGAAGUAACUGGCCCACGGAGCUGUCACACUGACAUGUGAGCGGCCAUGCCCUCGCUGCAACAUACAUCGAGGGAAACCCCUCUAACCACGUGGGAUUGUUUUCUGACAUAGAUUUUUAAGAUUAGCUGGACCCGACAGUAGAAAUGGCAUUAGUUUGUGUGGGCUAUAAUACAUCAGAGUAUAUACUAGAAUACAGGUGAGGCCGAACCCCGAUUCAACAUCCGCAGGACGCUGAAGAGGAAUUGGACGGCCUCAGAUGACCUUUACAGAAAGACAGAGCUACAGCCAAGCUUUGAUGAUUUAGUAUCCACCCCACUGCCUUGCUGACAAGGUCACACCAUGGCUGCUGCUGAUCCCCAUAGCAACGGUUCCUUGGUGGGGCAAGGAGCAGCCUGAGAGAGUCAACAAUGCAGCGUAACGGUGGCGGGGUGGGUGCCGGUGGUCAGCCAUGGGUGUUGCGACGCGUGCGCCUCACGUGGCUCAGUUUCAUGCUCUUCUUCAUCCUGGUCUUUUUCCCACUCAUCGCCCACUACUACCUCACUACCAUAGACGAAGCUGGGGGUCCUGAUAAGCGCAUCUUUGGGCCGCGGCCUGGUGGCGAACUGUGCGAGGCCAAACAUGUGCAGGAUCUGUGCCGAAUCCGUGAGUCGGUCAGCGAGGAGUUGCUGCAGUUGGAGGCCAAGAGGCAGGAGCUCAACGGGGAGAUCGCCCGACUCAACCUGCGCAUUGAGGCCUGCAAGCGCAGCAUUGACAGCGCCAAGCAGGAUCUGCUGCAGCUAAAGAAUGUCAUCAGCCAGACGGAGCAUUCCUAUAAAGAACUAAUGGCCCAGAACCAGCCCAAGCUCUCGUUGCCGGUCCGGCUGCUGCCAGACAAGGAGGACCCUGGACUUCCACCGCCCAAGUCUGCGCGCUCAUGUCGUCUACGCUCCUGCUUCGACUACGCUCGCUGCCCUCUUACAUCUGGGUUUCCUGUGUAUGUCUAUGAUACAGGCUCAUAUCCAUGGGCAGACUAUCUUGACCCACUGGUGAAGCAGGCGUUUGCAGCGUCUGUUAAGAGUAACAUUUAUGUAACUGAUAACCCCAGCAUUGCCUGUCUGUAUUUGGUGCUGGUAGGGGAGCUACAGGAGCCCUCGUCCUCCCCAAUGCCAUCUCCUGCAGAGCUGGAGAAGCAAUUAAAAGCUCUCCCAUACUGGAGAUCUGAUGGACACAAUCAUGUACUGGUGCAUCUCUCUCGAAAGUCCAUGACACAGAACUUCCUGUAUAAUGUGAGCACAGGACGGGCAGCAGUUGCUCAGUCCACCUUCCUGGAGCAGCAGUACCGUGAGGGCUUUGACUUAGUUGUGUCCCCUCUGGUUCAUGCCCUCUCAGAGCCAAACUUUUUGGAAGUGCCCCCUCAAGUUCCUGUAAAGAGGAAAUACCUCUUCACCUUCCAGGGGGAGAGGGUGGAGUCACUGAGGAGCAGCUUACAGGAGGCACCCCCUCAGUCUUUCGAAGAGGAAAUGGAAGGCGACCCACCAGCCGACUACGAUGAUCGCAUCAUCGGUACCUUAAAGGCGGUGCAGGACAGCCACUUGGACCAGGUGCUGGUAGAGUUCACCUGCAAGAACCCGAGGCCAAGUUUGCCAACUGAGUGGGCUCUUUGUGGAGAGAGGGAGGAUAGGCUGGAGGUGCUCAAGGCUUCAACUUUUGCCUUGGUGAUCGCUCCAGGGGAUGGACAGCUGGUGGCCUCAGCAGGUUGUGGGAUGAGACUCUUUGAGGCCCUAGAAGUAGGGACCAUCCCAGUCGUGCUGGGGGACCACUCCAGACUACCCUAUCACCAGUUUAUUCGAUGGAGCGAAGCUGCCAUUAUAGUCCCCAAGCCUCGUGUCACAGAGCUUCACUUCCUGCUGCGCAGCCUAUCAGACAAUGACAUGUUAGCUAUGAGGCGGCAGGGCCGCUUUCUGUGGGAGACCUACUUCUCUACCUCGGAGAAUGUUCUUAACACCCUCCUGGCCAGCAUCAGAACAAGCAUCCAGGUACCUGCGGCACCCAUCAAAGAGGAGCCCGCCCACGAGAUUCCUCACAAAGCGGGCAAACUGGCAGGAACUGAUGCCAACCUGGCUGACAAUGGCGACCUGGAUUUGGGUCCCGUCGAGACUGAGCCCCCCUAUGCCUCUCCACGCUUUCUCCGCAAUUUCACAUACACAGCUGCAGACACCUACAGAGCAUGGAAUCGGGCCCCAGGGCCCUUCCAUCUCUUUCCUCACACUCCUUUGGACCCUGUGUUGCCCUCUGAAGCCAAAUUCCUCGGCUCAGGUACUGGUUUCAGGCCUAUCGGUGGAGGUACAGGAGGCUCAGGAAAGGAGUUCCAGGCAGCUCUAGGAGGUAACGUGCCUCGAGAGCAAUUCACAGUGGUCAUGCUGACGUAUGAGAGGGAGGAGGUACUGAUGAACUCUCUGGAGAGGUUGAAUGGACUUCCUUACCUCAACAAGGUGGUGGUGGUGUGGAACUCGCCCAAGCCUCCUUCAGAUGACCUUCUGUGGCCAGACAUUGGCCUGCCAAUUGUGGUUGUACGCACAGAAAAGAACAGCCUGAACAACCGCUUCCUCCCCUGGGACGCCGUGGAAACUGAGGCCAUCCUGUCGAUCGAUGAUGACGCUCAUCUCCGCCAUGAUGAGAUCAUGUUUGGGUUCAGAGUGUGGCGCGAGGCCAGAGAUCGCAUCGUGGGCUUCCCCGGGAGGUACCACGCGUGGGACGUCAACCAUCAGUCCUGGCUCUACAACUCCAACUACUCCUGUGAGCUCUCCAUGGUCCUGACGGGAGCCGCUUUCUUCCACAAGUACUACGCCUAUCUGUACUCCUACGUCAUGCCCCAGGCCAUCAGGGACAUGGUGGACGAGUACAUAAACUGUGAGGACAUCGCCAUGAACUUCCUGGUCUCCCACAUCACCCGCAAACCACCCAUCAAGGUGACCUCUCGUUGGACGUUCCGCUGCCCCGGCUGCCCUCAGGCCCUCUCACACGAUGACUCACAUUUCCACGAACGCCACAAGUGCAUCAACUUCUUCGUCAAGGUGUACGGCUACAUGCCGCUGCUGUACACGCAGUUCCGCGUGGACUCUGUUCUUUUUAAGACUCGUUUACCCCACGACAAGACCAAGUGCUUCAAGUUCAUCUAGCGUCGGGGCUGAGUGUCACAGCAACGAGCCAAAAGCGGAGUGGAUUGAAGGACUGGAAGUUUUUAAACAAGCAGCACUGCAAGCGUUGAUGAAGAUAGAUGGAUGGAGGGAAGGACUGCUAGAUAAAAGCACAGAAGGGAAGUUUGGGGUUAGGAUUUUUCCCAGGAGCAUAGAUGAGUUAACCUUAAAUGGCUUGCAGUCUAAUCCACAACUCCAGUGAAAAUUUGAAGAGUGGAAGCUGAAAGGGAACACUGCCAACAAAAUAAGCCUUUUCAGUGGAUGUCACUCCUCCUUUUUCAUGUUCUUCAAUCAUGCUCAAUCAUCAACCACUACAGAUGUCAUUUGCACCUCUUAGCGGCCUGCUGAGAAAAGAGGGCAGUUGUACACAGUGUACAGAAAACUCUCCCAUGAUGAACCCUACCUGAUAAUGGAGCUAUCAGUUACUGAAUCACUGACAGACUGAUGUCAGGCUGCGUUCGGCCCAGCAGCCUGUUGACAGUUUCAGCUGGGAGAGCAAAAAAAAAAAAGUGGCAGCGGCACGCGGCUGCCACUGCGCUUCUUUUGUUUGUUUGUUUUCCAUUUUACAGUUACAAACUGUACUUCUUGUACGUGUACGUGAGAGAAGCACUGAUGGUCAGAAGUAUUUUAUUGAACGGUCCUUUUUUUUUUUUUUUUUUAAAUAAUGUCGUUUAAAAUGUAUAAAUCUUUAUGUCAAACGAACAUUUUCCAGAACCUCUGCCUGUGUGAGAUCAAACUCAGACCUUGUUACUCUUAGAACGAGACAGGACCUCGACUGAAGAGUUAAACAGGUCGGCCCAAUCGUGUUUCAGUAGUGUCACGUGUUCAAGAAGGAAUUCACUUCAGCGGUCACCAUAAUGCCUCGAAUUUGUCAUGAACACCAGCCACCAUUUUGUCAUUUUGUUAUGCUUACAGGAGCUGCACUCUUUGUUGAGUGCUUCAAAUGGCCUGGUUUUUUUAUGCUAUAGGGUGUUUUAUUAAUGUUUGUAAAAAUUGGUCCGAGGUAAAAGUAGUCAUAUUUUAAUUGUAAUAAUAUCGAGCAAUCAACCAUGUCCCUCACUGAAGUGCAACAAAGUCUACAAUCACAGCUGCCAAAAUCAACAACAAGUAGGUUUGGAUGUCUAAUUAAAGUUGUAUUUAUAGAGAAAGUCCUCAGUGAAGUUAAAUAUACUAUUAGGAUUAUGGUAAAACUUUAAAGGACAUAUUUUGACAUGUUGGGGAAAAAUUUGCCCUCAGGUGAAAAUGGAAAGAUCAGCAAGUUAUUCAAAUGUCUCUGUUAAAUAUGAAGCUAGCUUACAGUUUGCUUCGCAUCAGAACUGUAGACAGGAAUCAGCUGCCUACCAACACAUGAAGAUCUUUAAAUAACAUGUGACUCCUUGUUUGUUUGUAUGAAAACACCUCCCCCUUUUCAGUCUUCGUGCUCAGCUAAGCUAACUAGCUACAGGCUGUAAUGUUUAGCCUUACAUUAAAUAAGCAAUCUGUGAGAUAUGUCCAGAAGACAGUGAAGACAGUUUUACUGUGCUGCGAAGAUGUCUACUGAAGUUAGCAUGCUAACCAGCUAGCUCCAGCUAGUCAUGUGUCUUAAUACCACUUUGUACACACAAGAGGUGAUAGUCUAAUCGUAGUUUCAGUGUAAUAAAUUAGCAAAUCUCAAAAUAUAAAAGAAAUGAAAAACUUACUUAGAAUCUUCUGAAUUGUAAUUUAAAGAUCGACAACAAGCGCAAUUGCCUCGUUAAAUCAUUGUGAAACACAAAUGAAAUAAAACUCACUAAAUCAUUUUGAUUUGUCCACAGUCCCCUCUGGUUUGGUCAAAAUAAAUCCUCAAUUUACCAAAUAAGAUAGUAGAAGUAAAAAUAUUAUUGGUCUACACUCUGUUUUCACUUGCGGCUGGUGUCAGACUCUGUCGCUUCUCUCUCGUCCCCACCUGCCACGUCUUCUUGUCCCAGAAGUCAUAGUCCUGGUCCACUCCGCUGUAAAUCGCCUCCAUACUGUAUCCCCUGUUGUUUAACGGACCUCAGUCAGUCUUGGAGGCAGUGUUCACAUCCAUUGUGACACCUUGUGAUCAGUUUGUCUUUUCAGCGACAAACUCAAGAGCCACUGUCUCCACAGCUGACUAAGCCCGUAGUUUGCUGCAGCCAAGGAAAGCUAGCAAAGAGUAGCAGUUGUCAGUUACUCUGGUGAUAUGCUGCCCUCUAUGUUUUUGUAGCUACCUUUGAAUUCUGGCCAUAUUCUACAAAUUACACCUUUAAUGAAUAAUUAGGAAAGCAGUGAAUAUUGUCUCAUCAAAAAAACCUUUUUCCCAACAUUUUAAAGUGUUCUCUUUAUUAGAUCACCAGUUCUGGCUUUGCAACACAAGUGUUAGAUAUGUCCGCCAUUUCCAUGUCCCCCUCCUGUAAAGAAUGUCCCUUGUUCAGACAGAAACGUCACUUUACAGUGUCGCCAUAUUGGUUCCACUUUGUUUUUUUGUUUUGGUUUUUUUUUACCAUUGCUUGAUGAAUGUUUUCUUUGCCAAAUAGGUACGACGUCUGCUGCUUUACAGUCUCAUUUUCAGGGUGCACAGUGUGAAUGAUCGCUAAAGGGAUGCAGUCUGGUACACCCAAGUCCACUCUGCAAUGUACUUUACCGGGAGUCAAUCCAUUGGAGCCCAUCCCAUCAUGUAUUAUAAAUCCAAAGUCCUUUAUUUGACCUUGUCAGACUUACUUCCUGUAAUCUGAACAAAAGAUUCACCUAAAAAGAUCCCUUUAAAAGAUAAAAUGAGGAUGUUUAGAUUUAAGGACUUGUUAUAACUGCAAGGACACUUUUAUGAAACAAAAACUCUCUUGAGUCCAUGGUUCCUGUAUAUUUAUUGAAUAUAUUAUUAAAAAAAGAUUUCUUUUUAAACUGAUGACACAUUCAAUAAAAUGACAAGACAUUGUAGUUCAUUAUUCUUAAUCGCGGAGAGGUCCCAACCCGUUUGAGCCGUCAGCUUAUUUUAUUGCCGAGGAGAACUAGCUGGUGCCACUGGAUGCUUGAAGGGGGAACUUAACUGACCUGAGAGCAGCGAGAUGUAACAGAGUGUUGUAAACUAAGCUUCUGCAACAGCCACUGGACAGGCAGUAAAACAUCUUUGAAGCCAAAUCUCUACCUGCUCCAGGUGCCUGCUGCCGCCGCUGCUCUCUGGGCCCUCCAGUGGGAAAAAAACAACAUUGAACUGAGAGACAGAUUCCUAAUAACAUGUAAAUUUACAGCUUAAACGAAUCCAAAUUUACCCUCCUGCUGCACCAGUCUUGAAACAACAGCCCGGCUCCUCACAUCUUAACAUAACAUUUUUAUUCAAGCUCCAGGUUCCUCGUAAUUACCUGGCUGCCUCUCAACCUGUCCUCAGGCCACAGACGGGGGUCGGCUGGUAUUUUAGAACAUCACAUUCCUCCAAUCCCCUGUAGGAUCUGUGGCACAGCUGGUUUUCCGUGGCCCAGAGCAGGGUGAGAUUUCCCUGGAAGGCUGCAGUCACUCUGCUGUAGGUGUAAGGAGUUGUUGGGGGAAACUAUGUGCUCCAGGGACUGAUCCACGCCCGUGGGCGAGGCUCCAGCCACCUGCAACGCUGCUUGAGCUGUACCAGACUGAUGACUGAUGACAGCGUUGAACAAACCAUUGAAGGCCAGAUAAAUGGAAAUAAAAACUCUCAACAUUGUUAAAACAUUA